AUGGAAUCUGAUUUGUACUGUACUUGCACAACCUCACCAACAGCCAACAUCAAACUGAUCCACACACUUACCAGCAGACCAACCUCUUCCCUCCCGACACCCCCCCUCCCCUUGUAUAUCGCGCGCAAGCGCGCCUCUCACCAUCGACAGCCUCCUCAAAUCGUCCACAUCCACAAUACGACCAUGUCCUUACAUAUGCUACAUCGCCUCCUCCGCCCCUCGCUACUUCCGCGCCUCUCUGGCAACGCUCCGGUAGUACGUUGUCAACCCUCGAUUGCCCCCCUCCGGCAACCUCCCUCUGCGCCCGCCGCAUUUCUACCCGCAUCCCGCGCACACAAAUGCACUCUCAUCCAAGUUUUACGCCAAGGUCGCAUCUCGCAAAGCGCGCGUAAGCUGCGCUCCCCGGCGCUGGCAAAUCGUCCGGAGAUGAAGGGUGUGUGCUUGAAGGUUGGCACGACAAAGCCAAAGAAGCCGAAUUCGGGCGAGCGAAAGAUUGCGAGGGUGCGGCUCAGCAGCGGCAAAGUUGUCACCGCCUAUAUUCCCGGCGAAGGCCACAAUGUUCAACAGCAUUCGGUUGUCAUGGUACGAGGAGGCAGAGCUCAGGAUUGUCCCGGUGUGAAGUACCAUCUCGUCAGGGGCGCUUUGGAUCUGGGUGGUGUGGGCAACAGAAUCACAUCGAGAUCCAAGUAUGGGACGAAGAAACCCAAAGCCGCGUAG